UUCCAACCCUAAACAAACCGAUCGAGUGACACAGUGAGCGGCGUCACCGACAAGACGAUUUACCCAGUGCCAGGAGGGGAAACGAUUAUACACCUGUAGCUCCACGGAUCCUGAGAACUUCCGAUCCGUACUGUCACACACACACACACUUCCACACGCGUUCACAUACGGGGGGCUCGAAUGCCUUCACUGCCGUAGAUAGGGGAGUACACGGGACCGGUGUUACCGUCGUCCAUUGUUCCUGACGUGGGGUUCUUUUCGUUUUUCUUACAAAAAAUAAGAUCAUCCUUUAACCUAGAUUCAGAUCUCGGCCACACACACAAUAUAGAUCAAGGUCGUAAGAAUGUGCGUAAUCUACCAUACUGAAGCUUUUUCAAUACCCAUCUAGGCUCAAGGACUGGUACUUGUUUAACCACGAAACAUUCCCACGCAUCAUCGGAGGACUGUGUUAUUAACUCGGCCUGUCUUGCGACCCAGGUGCCCCGGCUGGAACCAUAACACCCCACUUGCCCGCCAUGGGACACCCUCUUUGACCAAAAGGCGCUCCGCCGUUCGGUGGUGGGGGAACCCUGAAAUAAUUCCCACGAUCCAUCGGAAUGUAUAACUGGUGGUUUUUCGAAUAAUUUCAUCAUUCAGGAACAGUGUCUCAAACAGUGAACAUCCAGCACAGUGAACGUUUCAGUGUGUGACCCACUAACUAACUAACUAACUAACUAAGUGAUAAGUGCCUUUAAGGAUUACUUCAGUUGGAUUAAAUCAAUCAAUAUGCCCAUCAGUGAAGACGAAUUCGAAUACUCCAGAUCAAUGCAAGAGCCUCAAACCACCAUGUCAAAAGCUGAACUAAGAAAAACCCACAAGCCCAUAAUGGAAAAGAGACGCAGAGCCAGAAUCAAUCACUGCCUCAACGAAAUCAAAACUUUGAUCCUGGAAGCCAUGAACAAAGACCCAGCACGUCAUUCCAAACUGGAGAAGGCUGACAUUCUGGAAAUGGCAGUGAAACACUUGCAGAACACCCAACGUCAACACCUUGCCAUGGCCAUGGCUACAGAUCCAAGUGUCUUAAGAAAGUUCAAGACUGGCUUCAAUGAAUGCUCCAAAGAAAUCGACCGGUACAUCAGCACUUUAGAUGGAGUUGACGAUGCCAUGAAACAAAGAAUAACCUCCCAUUUACAAAAGUGCAUCAGCAGCAUCGAACACGUAGCCCAGUUCAACUUCCCCGGCUUCAACAGUUUACCAUUCUUGACCAACACCAACAUAUUCUCCACUCAAAAGAUUAAUGAGUCAGUAAAUACGGGAGAUCAGAACAAUAACCCCCAUAUUCAGAUACCACAAGGCAUACAGCUAAUUCCCAGUCGAUUGCCCAGUGGAGAAGUCGCCCUAAUCGUCCCCAACACCAGCAACUUACCAUACUUCCCCCAGGUGGUGCCGACUCAGAACAACACCAGACCCAGCGCGUUUGCGGCAGUGAUUCCCCACUCCAGCACCUCAGAAACGAUAAUUCCCAAACCCUUAAGCCCCCCGAUCAGCCCCAUCCACAUCCACGAGGACCAACGCAGCAUGUCACCCCAAGGCUUCAGGCCGGUGCAUAAGUACACCGGCGACCACCAGGUCCCCCAAAUCACCUCCACCUUCAGCGAAAAUCAUAGUUUUGUCAAACCGGAAGUCAAAACCAUGAAGUACCCCAUCCACAAGAGCUUCGACAAACGACACGACAGCCCCAAGAAACUAGCGGAGCCUUUGUGUAUAAUCACGAACCAAUCGGAGCGGUACAAGCAAGCUCAGAUGAAGGAGGACUCGGCCCACUACGAGGAGAACCUCCAGCGCGGCCUCAAGCGGGAGCACAGCCUGCUCACCAUAGCCGACUUUCCCCUUGGACAACCGGCCAAGAUCCUUAAACUGGAAACUGAAGCCAAACCCUCCGGUUCCGAUGCGGAGCCGCCCUCGUCGCCCAGAGACUUGGAGACGAACGAGUCGAUGUGGCGGCCGUGGUGAUUUCGAUCGAAACUUCUGUGAUUUUGUUGAGUUAGAGCUUUAAUGUUUGCUUGCCGUUGAAUGGGUUUGUGACUGUAGAUGUAAAGACUGAUGCUAGUUUUAAGGAUGACCAGAGAAAUAAAAUAUACUUUUUUAUAAAACAGA